AUUCACACUUGGCUGUAGAGAUGGAGCUCGUCUGCAGACUGACCCUCGCUUUCUCAUUGGCCUUGUUUGUGGGUGCAACUAAUGCUGUGAACCCCGGGUUUGUGGUGAGGCUCACCCAGAAAGGGCUGGAUUAUGCCCGCCAGGAAGGCAUGAGUGUUCUACAGCAGGAGCUCUCCAAGAUUCACUUGCCUGAUUUCUCUGGUUCUACCAAAAAGCAACAUAUAAAGUUCAAGUACAGCUUCAACAGCAUGGUCAUCCGCAGCUUCCAGUUACCCACUUCCCAAAUAAGCCUUGUUCCCAAUGUUGGACUGAAACUGAGCAUCUCAGGAGCUUUUAUUCAAGUGGAUGGCAAAUGGAAAGUUCACAGCAAAAUAUUAUCAGGUAAAGGAAACUUUGAUCUGAAAGUGGAGGGGCUUAGUAUCUCUGUUGGCCUUCAGCUUGGAAGUGAUGCAUCUGGGAGACCCACCAUUUCCCCUUCUGACUGUAGCUGUCAUAUCUCAGAUGUCAAGAUACACGUGUCUGGGAAGUUCAGCUGGUUGGUUGAUGUGUUCCAUAAAAGUAUUGACAAUGCCUUAAGAAAAGAUAUUGAGGGCAAGAUCUGCCCGGUGGUUACUCAGUCCAUUAGUAGCAAACUCCAGCCACUUUUACAGACCCUGCCAGUCACAGCCAAAAUUGACAGUGUAGCAGCAAUUGAUUACUCCUUAACGGGGCCUCCGCCUGUGACAGCUCAGUCACUGGACGUGCAGUUAAAGGGGGAAUUUUUCAACAUUGCUCAUCGCACACCACCCCCUUUUUCACCUCCAACACUGUCCCUCCCUGCGGACCAGGGACUCAUGGUUUAUUUUGGAGUCUCUGACUACCUGUUUAACACUGCUGGCUUUGUCUAUCAAUCAGCUGGGAAGAUUGAAUCUUAUAUCACCGAUGACAUGAUUCCCAAGAACUUUAGUGUUCAUCUGAAUACCUCCUCUUUUGGGAUUCUAAUACCUAUGCUAUCAAAGAUGUACCCAAACAUGCUUAUGAAGCUGAAGAUUUCAACUCCCUCUGCACCAUUUCUGACCAUAGAACCUGGAAAUCUGACCACCUCGCCCAUAAUGGAAAUUCAGGCCUAUGUCAUUCUGCCAAACUCUACCCUGGCACCUCUGUUUCUUCUUAAUCUGACUACUACUAUUAUGGUUAAAGUAUCAGUGAAUUCAGGGAGAAUUGUGGGUGACCUGGAACUUAGCAGGAUAGAAAUGGAGCUUGUUCAUUCAGAUAUUGGACCGUUCUCGGUAGGAAUUUUAAACACGGCUGUGAACUAUUAUAUCUCAAGCAUACUUCUUCCUGAAGUCAACGAAAUUUUGCAGAGAGGUUACCCACUUCCGCUGCUUGAUCACAUUCAACUCACAGAUGUCAUCAUAAAGCCCUCUGAGCACUUCCUUCUUUUUGGGGCAAAUGUUCAAUACGGAUAAAUAAUAAGCACAAGAGGAUGUCUCAUCUUUACUGUAUGGAGUAUGAAGAAGUCUUAUUUUUUUCUGCAUAUUUGCAUUUCUACUUGUGAGUGGACGCUGCCAUCUUCCUUGGUCUGGAUGAAAUCUUCUGCAUAAACUGCUGUUGGAGAGCUGCACUCAAUGUAUGGCCCUACCCACUUCCCAGUAAGCACAGACCCAUUUGGAGGCCUAAAAACCCAUUUGGAGGCCUAAAUCUGGACUAUUCAGGCUAUGCUAAUGAUUAUACAUAAAUUAUUCUGUUUCUACUGUUGGCUAAGCAGAUUCUCUUAACCUAGUCAAGCCAAAUAUAUAUAUAUAGAUAUUGAUAUAACCCAUUAAUUUUGUGAUUUUUCUAAUACAAUUUUGUAAAUUGCUUCCUCUUUCCUGUUUUGCUUUAUACAUACAUAUGUUGUUUUAGGAUUAAAGCUCAAAAAAAGUCCAAUCU